UCCAUUCUUAUUAAAUUAACACUUAAAUGCAAAUAAAGUAUUUUAUGCUGUACAUAUCAUAAAUACAUAUUUGAAAUAGAAUUGUGAAAAUAUUCAAAAUAUGAAUUUAAAUUAAAUAAUUCAAAGAUAUAUGUAUGUAUCACACAUUUGUGAAAAAUUAAUAUAACUAAAAAAUUAUGAUUUUAAAGGAAAUUUUUUAUUGGAAUCACUAGAAGAAUACCAUGUCAAAGUAUCAAAUUGAAAGUUUAUGAUUUGUAAAGAUAUUUAUUAUUAAAACAAGUAAGUAUUUACUAUUAAAACAAAUGUAUUUUACUAUUAAAACAAAAAUAAUAAUAGUUUUUUUUAUAUCAAUAAUUUAAUAACUACAAAUUUUGAAUUAUAUCAUUUUCCUAACAAUUGUGCAAUAUUCAACAGUAAUAUUCUAACAAAAAAUCAAUAUAUUCUGUAUAAUAUUUAUUUAUAUUAUCCUAUGUGAGUAUAUAUUAUCUUUUCUUAAUAAAUUAUUUAAUAAAUUAAUAUUUUAUAUAGAAAUAGAUAAGAAAAUAAGUAUAGAAUAAAUGUAAAAAAAAAAAUGAUUUUAAUUUAUUUUAUUUUUAUAUAUUAUUUUAUUAUUAUUCUAUAUAUUAUUUUUAUAUUUAUAAAAUUUCAUUUUGAAUUAAUGAAUCAUUUUGACAAGCAGACAACAAAAUUUUUUAAAUUAUUAUAAUUAUAUGUUUAUGAUAUAUAAUUUAAAGAUUUACUUAUUAAAUAAAUAUAUUGAAUAAUGAAAUCUAAAGUUAUUUUAAUUAUAUAAAUUAUAUACAUAUUAAUAUAUAUUAAUUAUAUAAAUAUUAGUAAAUUGUUAUAGUUUUCUUUAUUUAUUAAAUUUAGUAAAUAGGAUAGUAUUUGAAAUUUCCCACAUUUAAAAUGUUAAUAGCAUAUUGUAUUGAAUUUGCUAAAAAAAUUAUUAUAAUAGAUUAUUUUUAUAGAAUACAAGAUGUAUGUAAGAGGUAAUAUAUAUUGUUUGAAAUAAUCUAUUAUUUUUUUAACGGCAUUAAUUAUUAAUAUAUAAACUUUAAAUCAUUAAAUACAUGAAAGGUUAGUCAUCUGAUCUUCUACAUGAAUAUGCUUGAAGCUUUAAGAUCUUCUAGGUUAUAUGGAAAAUGUAUAAAUAACCUUAAUGUUCGGUAAUAACGCAAAAAUUGUACACAAUGUACCAACAAAAAAAAAAAACCGAAAUAGAAGUUUUUCGGGAAAUGAUUCCAGAUGCAACACCAGAAACUAUGGCGAUUUUUCAAGAUUGUAUGAAAACAGACGCUUUUUUUAAAUCUGCUCUUCCUUAUUCAUGUUUAAGUUCAUUUCUAGCAUAUUUGGUAUUACCUAAGACUUCAGGUAUGGCUAAACCUUUUGUGACAGGACUUAUAGGUAUAUCAAUGUAUGUAUUUGGUAAAAUAACAUAUACACCUGUAUGUUAUCGAAAAGCAUUUGGUACACGACCAAUAACUAAGCCUAUUGAGAAAAGAAAACAAUUGCAAAAUACUGAUGAUAUUGAGAGUUUUGCUCAAGAUCAAGAAAAAUAUUCUAUACAUUUUGAUAAUGUAACUGAAGAAAAAUCAGUGUGGGAUAAUCUUGAUACACAAUCUGAGAGCAAUAAUAUAAAGUACAAACGCAAACAUCAAAAUCAUUGGAAUGUCAACAGAAUAAACUUCCAAAAGAAUCAGCAAUUCCUGAAGGAGAAUUCGACGAAAAAAAUACUUGGGAUUGAACAUGUGUAUUUUUUAAAUUUUUAAUAAAAGUUUUAAUAAUAAAAAUAGCAACACAAAUUCAUAAAAUUCAUAAAAUUUUUUCAUCAAUUUCUUUUUAUGUUAAAUUUUUUUUUGCAAAUAUUUUUCAAAACAUUUUGAAAACUGGUGUUUAUAUUUGAAAUAAAUAUUAUGUCUGUAAUUCAUCAAUAAGGAUAUAUAACAAUAUGAAUAAAUUGUAUUUAAAGUUAAAAAAUAAUAAAUUAUAUAUUUGAAAUA